UCCGUUCCCGUUUUCACCCUUGCGCGUUUCAAUCGGUCUCCCCAGGUAUACGCGUACGUAGAGACGCGAUCGCGCAACCCUCCCCCUACCCCCCUUUCGCUCGCUUUCUUCCAUUUUCCUUCUCUCCGAGCCGAGCUUUCGGUAACUCCGUACGUACGAACGUAAGUACGUACGGCGGAGUGUCGUGCGCGCGUCUCGAGUGGAUGCUAGGCGUCGUCGCGAGGCACGCGUCCCCAAACACGGACAAGUUUAUCGCGCGAUUAUCACGGGAUCCCCGCUGGAGAAGGAUCCUCCGGAUCAGCGGACUCGUUCCUCCGGAUGCGCGGUUGCGAUCGAGCACCCGCGCAGCGUCCGUCAGAUCUAGCCGGAUCUACCACGGCGUUCGCGAUUCUCUUCACGAAAGUGCGCUAGCCAGGUCCUAGUGAUCGCAAUCGAAGUGCCGAGAAUCGAUUUUCAACCGCGGAGGAACGAACUGCCUCUGAACGACCGCGCCGGUUGUUUCCCUCGCGACGCGCGAAUACUCACGCACCACCCGACGCCGGAAAUCUCACGUUUCUUUCUCUUGGAUCAUCCGUAGGUGCGGCGCAUACCCGAUGCAAACCGAUGCCCAUCACUGUACGAGCGGGCCUGCGUUUCUACGUUUUCAAACAGUGAAGCAAAGCUGCGAUACCGUGCCUCGAUAGAUGCGACAGUGAUACGAUAUUACGCGUUAAGCGUAGAAAUAUUGGUGAUUACGAGAUUCAGAGUGAGUGGAUUUAGCAAACUGGAGGAUUCUCGGCGAGCGGUUCAAGUGUCAUCAGUGAAACCCGCCCCCCAGAUUCGUAUACGAUACCAGUGUCUUCACGGUUAGUUUCGCGCCGAUGUAGGUGCCCCGGCUGCCUCCUAGAGAAACCUAGAACGUAGAGGAUGGUCGGACCACCGACGACAAACCGAUCCGCAGAGAUCGCGAUGAGGUAGUGCUUCGUCGGACACGUGCAAGUGGGUGACUGUUGUGCGCGGAACCGGGAAACCUCGACAGGGUUUCCCGCGGAAGAUCCACGGAUCUCCGAGCGAGUAUAUCGACACAAGACCGUCACAUGUUUCGAAUCCGAUCCAAGCCUGCGUCUAAGGAGAGAAGACCUGGAGCCCGCACAGAUAAUCGAGCAUCCUCGAAGGACGCAGAUGCCCCGAAGGAAACAGCACGCUCCGCAACGUAUGAAAUGGGAGGACGGAGUCGAAGGCUCAGGGCCUGGCACGGACCUCCAAGGGGAGGAAGGCGAUUGCGUGGAGGAUGAAGGGCCGAUUAGCCCUAGCGAGAGGGGUUGUGCGGCUGCAACCAAAGAGGAAGAGGAUGGCGACGCGACCGACGAGGAGGACGACGAGGAUGCAACGCCGCCCACGCCACCGCCUUCCGCUACCGCGAGAUUGAAUCCCACGAUUUUAAGGGACACGGGACCUCCCGACAGAGAACCAAUGAGUCCGCGCUGUCCCUCGAGAGAUUCUCGGGAAUCGUCCGGUCCGGCGACUGGUAGUCCACCGCCGCCCGCAACGAGGAGCAGCGCGAGUCCUGUCAGCCCGAGCGGCAUCGUGCCCCUUCCGCUCGGCAGUCAUCCUCUGCUACCGCCCCAUUCCGCGGCAAUGAUGGCGGCGUAUCUGCAACAGACUCACCAGAGGCUGCUGCUCGGACACUCGCCCCUGUCUCGGGGCUCGGUGUCGCCGUUGGUCUCGUCCUCGUGUUCGCCGCCAGCCGCCACUCCGGGUCUGCUGGUCUCGCCGAGCAGCGUGGGCGAAGUGUCACCAUCGGCGACACCGUUGCCAGCCGUCCUCGACUUCAGCACGAGAAAGGCUUCUUCGACCGAGGACGACGAGGACGAGCAGAUACUGAACCUGAGCAAGCCACCGACCCCCUCCUCGUCGACGGAAACGAACAACGGACCCCUGGACCUGUCCGUGCCCAGCAGAAAGCGGCCAGGUCCCGAAGACUCUCCGCCACCACCCGUGCGCAAGUCCUCAAGGUUAGCAGGUACCGCGGCGGCCGCGACAGCCCAUCAGGAUCCAACGCAAGCCGUGAGCGCGGUCGGUUUCGGCAGGCCCCCCGUCGUGUCGCCGUGGACGUCGCCCGUGGUGGCCUCUCACUUCCCCUAUUUCGCCGCCGCGGUAGCGGCAGCGGCCACUAGUCAGCAGCAGCUCUCGCCGAAGAGCACCGCCGGCGUGAUGGACCACCAUCAGCUCUGGAACGGCAAGAUGAAGCCGCCGUCCGCGUUGGAGAAAUCGUACCAACCGAGCGAGGCGACCAAGGCGCUCGAGAAGAUGUCCGAACUGAGCAAGUUGGGAGGCGAGGAUCUGUUCAGGUCGUCGUCGGGUGCGACCUCCGGUGGACCAGGUGGUGUAGCGACCGCCGCUGGAAACGUAACCGGUUCGACGUCGGGCAGUCGACACAGCGCCUGGCAAUCGCAUUGGUUGAACAAGGGCGCCGAUCAAGCAAAGGACGUGCUAAAGUGCGUCUGGUGUAAGCAAAGCUUCCCAACGUUGGCGGCGAUGACGACGCACAUGAAGGAGGCGAAGCAUUGCGGCGUUAACAUGCCGGUGCCACCCGCCGGAUCCACGCUGCAUCCCCAACAGACGAACGUACAGAGCAUUCCGACGCCCCAGCAAUCUCAUCAGCCUCAAACGACGUCGUCGGGCAACAGCGGAUCCGGUGGCGGCGGUUCCGCGACGCCCAGCAGCAAGCAGAGUCCAUCCGAGCUGAACUUGCUGAUCAAGGAGACGAUGCCGCUACCGCGAAAGCUGGUGCGCGGCCAGGACGUGUGGUUGGGCAAGGGGGCCGAGCAAACUAGGCAGAUUCUCAAGUGCAUGUGGUGCGGACAGAGUUUCCGCUCCCUGGCCGAGAUGACAUCGCACAUGCAGCAGACGCAACACUACACUAAUAUCAUCUCUCAGGAACAGAUCAUCUCCUGGAAAUCAUCGGAUGAAAAUAAAGGCGGCGGUGGUGGGAGCGGUGGAAGCGGAGGUGGCGCUGUGAGCGCUGGUGGCGGUGGAAGUGGAACGACGGUCCCUGGCGGUGGUACCACUGGUCCUCACGGUGGGAACACCGCAGGCCCGGGUUCGGGAACGACCAGCAGCCACGUGAGCGCCGUGCUGACCUGCAAGGUUUGCGACCAGGCGUUUAGUUCGUUGAAGGAGCUGAGCAACCACAUGGUGAAGAACUCGCACUACAAAGAGCACAUAAUGCGCUCGAUCACCGAGAGCGGUGGACGGCGUCGACAGACGCGGGAGAAACGCAAGAAAUCGUUGCCCGUGAGGAAGCUGCUGGAGUUGGAGAGGGCUCAGAACGAGUUCAAGAAUGGCGAUGCCGCGGCGGGUCUUGGCCACAGCCUCGGGAAACAUGCGGGAAGAAUAACCUGCGAGAAGUGCGGCGAGAAGAUCGAGACGACCAUCUUCGUGGAUCAUAUACGUCAGUGCAUCGGUGGGGGCACGGUGAGUGCGAAUCAACGGAACUUUCUGAAGAACGCGCUCAUGUCGAAUCACUUGCCCGCGACGUUGCCGCCGUCCGAGAGCGGUCGCAAGAGCGUCAACGAGGACAGUUCGCCAGUGUCCUCGAGGCACCAUCGGUCGCCAUCCUCGGCAAGCGACGCGACUACUCCUGGCAAAGACACCCCAACCCCGACCGCCAACGAGACUACAGGCAGCUCUUCUCCUUCCGUUCUGAACGCCAUCGAGAAGCUGAUUGAGAAGAGCUUCGAUUCCCGCGUCAGGCACGGGACGCCAGGCUUGCAUCACGCUCAGCCUGGCGCGCCGAUGGGCACGAGCAUUCUGAAGCGGCUGGGCAUCGACGAGAGCGUGGACUACACGAAACCGCUGGUGGACCCGCAAACGAUGAACCUCCUGCGAUCGUAUCAGCAACAGCAACACCAACAGCAGCACUACUCGGCGAGCACGGCGGCGCGGCGGGAACGCAGCGGAAGCGAGUCCAGUUCCGUAUCGGAACGAGGCAGCGGCGGUAGAACCGACUCGAUGACGCCUGAAAGGCGUUUAGACCUGUCCGUCGGACAUUCGGAGAGGCAUUCCCAUCACCAUCGCGCAACACCCGACAAGCAGCUGACCCCGCAAAGUCUGACGUCGGGACGUCAUCACCCGGCCGCGGAAGAAUCCGGUGACGAGGAGUCGAUCGCCUCCGCGACCGCCGCUGCUGCGUCAGCGGCAGGCUCGACGUCGGUGGUGGUGAAGAAGGAGCCCAGGGACGAGGAGAGCGAAGAACGAAGCGCAAACGACGAGGAGCAGUCACAGGCUCAGUCGAAUCGGGACGUGUUCGUAAAGAAGGAAAUCAUGGAGGACUGUAGAGACGAGGAGGAUCAGGGAUCGUUCAACCAUCGACGCAGCAGUCUGCACGAGGGUUCGGAGGAAGGUAGGGAGGUUCUCUCGCCACGCGUAAACCCGCCGACUCCCAGGUCGAGCGGACAAAUGGAGCAGCUGGCUCGCAGUCCGUGCAGGAACAGCACCAGCAGUCCUACGAGCAGCGACCGAUCGGUGACGCCACGCGGAACGCCAGACACCAAAGGAUCCAGCAGUCUCGGGGCGCUUUCCUCCAUGUUCGACAGCCUGUCGGGUGGUGGCAGCGGCGGUGGCGGUGGUGGAGGCGGAGGUGGUACGGGCAGCGCGGUCGAUUCGCAGGGGCGCAAGACCAGCAGUCAUCCGUUGGCUGCAUUGCAAAAGCUUUGCGACAAGACGGAGACGAGAGGUCCUAGCGGCAGCGCUGCAAGGUCCGGCAGCGGUCCCGGCUCGACAUCGAGCCACGGCGCAGCCGCUGGUAGCGGCGUUGGCUCGAGCGGGCCUGGAUCGGGUACCACGCCAGGAGCGAUCCUGGCGUUCAGCUGGGCCUGCAACGAUGCCGUCGUCACCGCCGAUUCGAUCAUGAAAUGCGCCUUCUGCGACACGCCGUUCAUAUCGAAGGGCGCGUACAGGCACCACCUGUCGAAAAUGCACUUCGUUAAAGACGGCGUGAUUCCGGACCCCCUGACCAUCGGCCGAUCAGCCGCGGCCGCCGCUGCGGCGGCUGCUGCGGCUGCUGCGGCCGCGGUCUCUCAGAACACCGCCACGGGACCGCCUUCCGGUCACAGUUCUUCCUCGCCCCCGACGUCCCAGCGCAACAAGUCGCCGCCGCUUCCGCAGGCGAACGGCAGCCCGUCUCAGUCAGCGGCCUCUCCCCUCGAGGAGAGCCCGCACUCGAAAUUUCUCAAGUAUACGGAGCUGGCUAAACAGUUGUCCAGCAAAUACGUAUAGUCCGAGCCCCGUAAGUAGCGGUGCCACUUGUACAUAAGUGUAUCUAUACUGUAACGACUGUAACUAGCGACCACCGGUUCGAGACCUUUCGACCUUCGAACCUCCGCCUCGACCGUCUAUCCGUUUGUUCGCGAUUCCGUUAUCCGGGCAAGACUUCCGGGUGGUGAUUAGAGUUCGAAUCUGUGCCGACGAAAACGCUACCAAUUUUCAACACCGCGAACCAUCGAAUCGUUUCGAACGUCAUUCGGUGCGGGCACGUCUCGAAGGAAUUGUUAGGACUCGACGUCUGGUUCGAUCUUGAAAGUUUUCAUUGAUUUUGUUGUCUUCUUCAAUCUUUGACCGACAAGUCUUAACGAGUUUUAACACUUCUAACGAGUCCUUCGUACUUUGCAUAAAUAUGUAUACAGAUGAAUGUAUAAAUUAGUUUCUAGAAGUUAAUAAAGUUAUUAAUUUCGUCUUAAAAAGGUGCGGAGAAAUGUAAUAAUUUAUGAAUGACAGAGUACACGAACGACAGAGUAUACGAAUUCAUAAAGUCGUUCAUUUACUCGUACAAAAUCUUCGAAACUCAUCGGAAAUUUCAAGACAGAACCAAACAUCAAAGUAUCGAACCUCUAUGACUCGAUCGGUGAAGAACUUCGAGACCUGACAUCGACUGAUAUUCAAACGAAUUCCACUGUAACGUCGCAGAUUCGAACGUAUUCGAUCGGAUCUUGGGCCCACCGCAACUUCCGCUUCGUGGCCCCGUCCACUUUUUCCUCUCAACACUCUUCGUCUCCCUUCCAACCGAUCCUCAUCCUCUUUCGAUCGCGUCCGAUGCGUUUCCCGAUCGCGUCCGGACCCGCGAAUCGUAAUUUUCGCGUGAUUACUGCUCGAUUCUCACCUUCUGGUCGCGUACCACGAAUAACGGAACUUGUCGCCGGAUAGUCGACCAACGCGGGCGUAGAAAGAUAGCCGAUACAUCCGACGAGGAGGUGGAUGUCGAACGUGCGUUAAUUAAAUUGUGAUGCCACCAUAUCUCGCGGCACUGCUGAGUCAAGGGGCUCGGCGCGCGGCCAAGUUUGUGAUUUUAUAAAUACUUAAGGACAUUUACGACCGGCGAUGAGAGGCGCUACGGACGAGAGCGAGCGAGCGCGCGAGAGAGAGAGAGAGAGAG